AUUGCAUUUUUUUUUCAAAUAUGGCAAUAAUAUCACAUGCCAAAGCAUUCCGUGAUGCUACUAAUUUUGGACUUUUGAUUAAUAGAAAACUGACUAUUUAAUUGAAAUGGAUUUCCAAAACCGCGCAGGCGGUAAAACCGGCAGCGGCGGUGUUGCUUCCUGGUCAGAAACAAACCGCGACCGUAAAGAGCGCUUAAGACAAUUAGCUUUGGAAACAAUUGAUCUGAACAAAGAUCCAUAUUUUAUGAAAAACCAUUUGGGUUCUUAUGAAUGUAAAUUAUGUUUGACUUUGCAUAAUAAUGAAGGCAGUUAUUUGGCCCACACCCAAGGUAAGAAACAUCAAGAAAACUUGGCCAGACGGGCAGCUAAAGAAGCAAAGGAGGCUCCUUCUAUGAUGGCUCCCGAAAAGCCUCGGGUGGAACCUAAGAAGUUCGUCAAAAUUGGCCGCCCUGGGUAUCGAGUCACCAAACAACGUGACCCAAGUAAUGGGCAGCAAUCAUUAUUAUUCCAAAUAGAUUAUCCGGAAAUUACUGAAGGUGUUAUACCGAGGCACCGCUUCAUGUCUGCUUAUGAACAAAAAAUUGAGCCACCCGACCGAAAAUGGCAGUACCUGUUAUUUGCUGCAGAGCCAUACGAGACUAUUGGCUUCAAGGUACCUUCAAGAGAAGUAGAAAAAACCGAAGGAAAAUUUUGGACGCACUGGAAUCGGGACACGAAGCAAUUUUUCUUACAAUUCUCCUUUAAGUUGGAACCGAAAAUUAUCCCACCUCCACCGCCACAGUUGCAUCGGGCACUAGGCCCACCUGGAGGUUUCUCUAUACCAGGGCCGCCAAGACCUCAUCACAUGUUUAAUGGAGUGCCACCUCCACCUCCCAUGAGUGUGUUACCAGUACCUCCACCACCCAUGUGAGAAGAAGAAUCCCCUGCUACUUCUAAAUAAGACGAUGCAGGAAUUUACUUAAAGCUCCAAGUAAAAUUUUUAAAUUACUAGGCUUGAUUAACCUUUCCUCGACGAAGUCAUUUUUUCAUUUUACUCUCAUAUUUGAAGCCGGCAUUCAGUAGCAGAAAGUUUGUGACAGUUUUUUAAAGAGAACUUAAACAUUCGUCAUAUAUUACUAUUAAUUCGGUUCGAGUAAUUAUUAAAAAAAAUUAUAUUAAUAAAACUAGUUACUAAAACAAAAUAAUUACAGCUUUUGUGUCCAGGUUUACAAACAAUAGAGCGCCGUAUUCUUACGCUCCUCCUUUUCAUUUGUCAAGCGCACUCACGUUGGAAUAUCAAUUCAAAUUGCCAUAAAGCAUACCGUAAAGUUUUCUCGGUAUGAUUGUUGUUUCUACCGUUUCAAAUUGUUCGUUCCCAUCAAAUAUGCAGUAUCACCACGAAGACACGAACGUUUGGCCUAAUUCUCGACGUGGGCAUGAAUGUGCCUCGACUUAUCGUGACAUAUCGAUUCCUCAUCACGAAUUAUGCGAAACAAAAAAAAUGUCGUGUUAUAAUAUCUUUUGAGCAAUGUUUCACACGAGGAUCACCAACAGCAUCGCGACUUGCAAUCCUAUAACCUUCCCUUCCCCAUCUUUUUCAACAUUUUCAUUGCCUUAAGUAUCCAGAAUUCGCAGCUUUACUGUUCUGUCAAGAAUUUUGCUCAGAGGUUUUCCCACUAUCUCUUGCAUCUCUUAGUUUUCAAACUUUUCCUUUGCUGCGAACACAUGACUAUUUUCCAACAAUACAUGAAUCUUUUCCCAUAUCCUGCUUCAUAUGAUGCGUUUAAUGAAUUCCAAUUUUUUGACCUAAACUACUGAUAUAAA